AAUAUUCUCAUGCGAAAAAUGACAGUUUGUGUUUUCACACUUUUAGAAUUUAGAUAAGAAUCACAAGAUUGCUUUUUUUUUCUUUUUCUAGAUCAAUCUUUUUUUCACAAGAUAACAUUUGUUCACCUCCAUAUUUAUGGCUUGAUACAUAUAUACAAAUAUAGGUUUUACAUAUAUAUUGUUUACAUAUUUUUGUUACAAAAGAAGAAAAAAAGAGAAAGACAUUUAAUACGAUAUCGUUUUGUUGUGCUAAACAAGCCAGAAAAGCCUUAUUUAAGAAAGUUAUUAAAACUCCUUACAUUAAAUAACAAUUUCUAAACCUUCAGAGAAAGAAGAGAAAAAAAUUGGUAUGGUGGUUAGGAAAAAUGAUACGAUUUGAUAUGUCAAUAACUACAACUUGUUAUAUGAUGAAACCGUAAUAUUGAUUGUGAUUCCGUAAUCAUCGAAACUUAAUUAUUGUUAGAGUUAACAUCUUAACAGUGCAGCCAAAUUACCCUAAAAUUACGUGAAACGUAUAAAUACCCCCAUGAACCACAUUUCAAGCCAAAUCUAGAUACACUAAAAAGCCAUUUCAAAAGAGAAACAAUUAAUAAUGGGCAAGCUCUUGGUGAUAAUGUUAGUUGGGAUGUUCUUGGCUUUCGAAAGCUUGGAAGCACUUGACUAUGGAGAUGCACUAAACAAGUCUAUCUUGUUCUUUGAAGGCCAACGAUCCGGUAAACUCCCGACUAACCAACGGGCUACUUGGCGAGGCGAUUCUGCCCUCUCCGACGGUUCAUCAGCUAAUGUGAAUCUGAUUGGAGGAUAUUACGAUGCUGGUGACAAUGUAAAAUUUGUGUGGCCAAUGUCAUUUACCACAACUUUGUUGAGUUGGGCUGCUAUUGAAUACCAAAAUGAGAUUUCUUCCGUUAACCAGCUCGAUUAUCUCCGGUCUGCUAUCCAAUGGGGAACCGAUUUUAUUCUCCGCGCUCACACGUCGCCCACCAUGCUAUAUACACAGGUAGGAGAUGGGAAUUCAGAUCAUAGUUGUUGGGAGAGGCCAGAAGAUAUGGACACACCAAGAACUCUCUACAGUAUCUCUUCCUCUUCCCCGGGUUCCGAAGCUGCCGGUGAAGCCGCAGCCGCUCUUGCUGCAGCCUCAAUUGUUUUCAAAUCGGUCGAUUCUACUUAUUCAUCCACGCUACUAGACCAUGCGAAAACCCUGUUUGAAUUUGCUGACAAGUACAGAGGUUCUUACCAAGCAUCUUGCCCCUUUUACUGCUCAUACUCAGGCUACCAGGAUGAAUUAUUAUGGGCUGCGGCAUGGCUAUACAAAGCAACAGGAGAGCAGAGUUACAAAAAUUAUGUUAUAAGCAACAAAGAUUGGAGCCAAGCCGUCAAUGAAUUCAGCUGGGACAACAAAUUCGCCGGCGCUCAGGCUUUACUCGCUUCGGAGUUUUACAACGGGGCAAAUGACUUGGCUAAAUUUAAGACCGAUGUUGAAUCAUUCGUCUGCGCAUUGAUGCCCGGAAGUAGCUCUCAACAAAUUAAACCAACUCCUGGUGGCAUUUUGUAUAUUAGAGACAGUAGCAACUUACAAUAUGUUACAACAGCUACAACGGUUUUGUUCCACUACGCAAAAACUCUAACACAAGCAGGUGUUAGUUCAAUUCAGUGUGGUUCCACCCAGUUCACCGCAUCUCAAAUUCAAAAUUUCGCCAAAUCACAGGUGGAUUAUAUCCUUGGAAACAAUCCAAUUUCAAUGUCUUACAUGGUCGGGUUUGGGACAAAGUAUCCUACACAACCUCAUCAUAGAGGCUCAUCAUUACCGUCAAUCCAAUCUAAACAGGAGAAAAUCGACUGCAAUGGAGGGUUUUCAUACUACAAUUCUGAUACACCAAACCCGAAUGAGCAUACCGGCGCGAUUGUGGGCGGUCCGAAUUCAUCCGACCAGUAUAGCGACAAAAGAUCAGAUUACUCUCACGCAGAACCAACAACUUACAUCAAUGCCGCCUUUAUUGGCCCCGUCGCUGCUCUGAUCAGUUCUUCCGGUUAAACUCACGUUUAAACUUGGUCGUGGGGAAACAAAACAUCAGCGAAGAAGACUCAAACUUGAAGAAUUAAUCAGGGGAUGUGUCAUUUGCUCUAAACAUAUAUAGAUAUAUUUAUACACACUUACAUAUCAUUAUAUUUUAU